AUGGGGAUUUUUGGAGAAAAUGGCUGGGAGUGGAAAUUUUCUUGGAGAAGACAUCUUUUUGAUAGUGAAUUGGGGGAAGCCACAGCUUUUAUCGACCAGACCUCAGCUAUAAGUCCUGUUGCAGACUUGAAGGAUGACUGGGUGUGGGGAGCUCAACCAACGGAAAUGUUCUCUACAAAUUCUGCUUACAACUGUCUCAGAUCUGAGCAGCCUCUCCAUCAGCCAAACAGUGGCUUUAGACAGCUAUGGGAAAUCAAAAUCCCCCCUGCAGCUUUAUCCUUUGCCUGGAGAUUACUCUGGGAUAGGCUUCCUUCUAAGGAUAAUUUAAUCAGUAGACAGAUUGUCCUCCAAAACGAUCUAUGCCCUUUCUGCCAAAGCCAAGUGGAAUCUGCUUCUCACCUUUUCUUCACUUGUUAUAAAGUUAUGCCAUUAUGGUGGGAAUUCAACUCAUGGGUGAAGGAAGAUAGAGUUUUGCACAGCAAGCCUAUGGACAACUUUCUUCAGCAUUGUUCAUUGGCUGGAUCGAGGAAUUCUAACAGAAGGAGGAAGAUUUGGUGGAUUGCAGCUACCAAAUCCAUUUGGAGCCUUAGAAACGACAUGGUUUUCAACAACCAGUCUUUUGACAUAUCUAAAUUGAUGGACAGAUCUAUUUAUCUCACUUGGUCUUGGUUGAGGGGAUGGGAAAAGGAUUUUACUGUUCCUUUUCACCAAUGGUCCUCUUAUAUGUCUUUGUCAUUCAUUUAA